AAAAAAAUGCAAUAAAAUAAACCCAAUUUCACAUCAGAAAUCUCUCUUUCUUCUUUCCAUUCCAUGUAUGAGACUCUUUCUGAGUCCUCACUCCUCACUAACACAAACAUCACAUAUAAUUGGAUACUCUCAUUCUGCUCCCAUCCUCACAUACUCUUCCUGAGGAUGAUAGCUCCAGCUCAGCCCCCUAUGCACCACAACCAGGCCCCAUCUUCACCUUUCUCAGCAAACUCCCCUGCAGUAGACUUCAGUCCACCCCUAAUAGCAAUGGUUGUCGUCGUCGCCGCCGCCUUCGUCAUUGUAACCUACUCCCGCCUCCUCACCCGCCACCUCUCGCCUCCCAUCCACCGCCUUAUCCAACGCUUCCAUAGCCGGCGUUUCCUCCCUCCCUCCUCCUCAUUAGGCGACAUCGAAUCACUCCAAUACGAAUCAUCAACGUUCGAAGCCCCACACACUUUCGGCUUAGACGAAUCCAUCAUCAAAACCAUUCCGUUCUUCAUCUACACAACGAAAUACGAACAAGAGUCUCUCCGUGACUGCGCCGUUUGUUUACUUGAAUUCGAAGAUCAUGAUUAUGUACGCACUCUACCUCUAUGUUCGCACACUUUUCAUCUUGAUUGUAUCGACGCUUGGCUUCGUUCACACGCUAACUGUCCUCUCUGUCGCGGUGUUCUUCUCUGUGAGUCUCCUUUCAGACCUCUCAUGGCCGCUAGAAUCCGUCCAUCGUUUCACGACCAAACUAAUAUUCUCCACCUCGAUACGGUUCAACCGGUGCCGGAGAUUACUCCUCAUUCUCCUGUUAUGAGUAAUACCGACGAGAAUCAGUUUAACAGACGGGAUGAUUUUCUGUUGAAACGCUCUUAUUCGUUUGGUUUUGAAAGGAGUUUGCCGUCGGAGAGAAUGGUAACCGACCCUGCCGCGACCUCUCCGUGGCGGUACCGGAGAGGGAACAACAGUUUCUGGAGCAAAAGACCGUCUCCGUUUGGUUCGUUAGGGAAGUCGAGAGUGUUUUCAUUCAGAUAUUACAGAGGAAUGAAAUCACCAUUUUUCCGCCGGAGAGGAUUCUUCCCGUUGUCGGAGUCAAGUAAUAGGUACGCCGACGGAGGAAGCUCGUGGCGGAGGAGCAAGUCAAUAGCAAGUCCAAUGUUCUUGAGAUCAUCAGCGGCAGUAUUCUCGUCAAGCCGUUUAAGAUGCGGCGAUCCCGAAGCGUUACUAUCGCCGGAGAGAUUCAACCGUCGACGAUGAGAAAAUAGGUUGGGAAUUGAAUUGUUGUAUUAAUGAAUUUGAAGAGGACAUACACGUGUCGGAAUGUGAAUGGGUGAGAAAGUCAAAGAAAAAGAGAAAUUAAAUGAUGGUGGUGGCGUGUACUGUGUUGGUCUGGCAAAAUGUGGAGACGAGACGAGAGUCAUUAAAUGGAUGUUAGGAAGAGCAUUUAAUUAGAAUUAAUUGGUGAAAGAAGAGAGAGAUUUAUUUAUUUAUUUGCAUGUGGAUGGGUUCUGACAGUGUGGUGGGGGUGAAUUAAAAGCUCAUUAAUGCGGGUUUUAAAUGUGCAUUUGACAAAAUGUGUUGUGUUUCGACUUAACGAGUAAGGUGUGGGAAGAAGAAGGCGUGGCGGAGGAGAGAGAAGGGCCGGCCCAUUAAUUGAAUAGGCCCAAGAAAAUGACUAAUCAUAUUCAUCACUGUACUGCAUUUAUUACUCUGAUGAUCGAUGAUCAACAAGGAGAAAUAUUCAGAAUGAUAAAGUGAGACUGAAGAGAAAAAGGGUUAGAGAUAGUUAGCUUUGAAAAGAAACAAGUUUUGUGCGAUUGUUGGCUUCACUGAGAUCACGUGAUCGGCGGCUGCACCUGCAUGCACGAAUUGCCGUUUCUUGAAUUUUCUCAGGCAGUCAAGUGGUGCGUUUAUUUUGUAGUAGUUAAUUAUAUUUAAUUGAUUAUCAGUAUAAUAAAGUAGUUCUGUUGCUUUGGCCGUUGUUACAUUUCGUGUUGCUAUACGGUUUAUUUUCUUUUACAAAUGGUACUAUACUAUUUCAAUUUGAAUCUAUUCUAUCAUGUAAUUAUUAUAAAACAAA